AUGGACAAGAAAAAACAAUCAAAAGUUCCUCCAGUAAAGAGGUUUAAAUCUAAUGAUGACGACGAUGACGUUGAAUUACCUUGUUCGUUUGAAGACCAACUUGCUGGCAUGGAAUGUGAAUUUGAUUCGCCUCAAGCAUUUGGCGAAGGACCUGAAAAUCAAAGUACGAACAUGAAAUGGUCACGACCUCAACCGCCGGAUCUAGAUCCUAAAGUUGAUAAAUUGGUUUUUCAACAAUUGGACAUAGAUCAUUACAAUGGGCAACCAUUGAAAGAUAUGCCUGGAUCUCAGAUAGGUCCUGUGCCAAUAAUGAGAAUGUAUGGUGUAACAAUGGAAGGUAAUUCAGUUUGCUGUCAUGUACAUGGUUUUACACCAUACUUUUAUGUCACAGUACCUUUUAAUUUUAAAGAAUCCAACUGUCAUGAAUUAAAAUCAAACUUAAACAAAGCUAUUCUCGAAGAUCUUCGUUCUAAUAAAGAUAACAUUAGGGAAACAGUUUUAGAAGUGAAAUUAGUGAAAGCUAAAUCUAUCAUGUAUUACAAAAAUGAUGACGACACAACAUUUGCUCGAGUCUCUGUCGCUCUGCCGAAAUUAAUUGCUGCAGCAAAAAGAUUAAUCGAAAGACAGCCAACUUCAUUUGGCCUUAUGAAUCCUACAUUUUAUGAAACAAACAUUGAUUUUGAUAUUCGAUUUAUGGUCGACACAUCUGUUGUCGGGUGUAGUUGGAUAGAACUACCUCCUGCUAAAUGGUCAUUAAGAACAAAAGAUAAUUCAUUAAAGCCAGAAUCGAGGUGCCAAAUUGAAGUUGAUGUUGCAUGGAAUCAGUUCAUUUCUCAUCAACCAGAAGGAGAAUGGCUAAAACUUGCACCUUUUCGAAUUUUAAGCUUUGAUAUCGAAUGUGCUGGUAGGAAAGGUGUUUUUCCAGAACCAAAACACGAUCCUGUUAUUCAAAUUGCUUCAAUGGUCAUAAGACAAGGAGAAAGCGAACCAUAUUUAAGAAAUGUGUUUACUUUAAACACAUGUGCACCUAUUGUAGGAUCUCAAGUAUUCAGUUUUCAGUCCGAAGCAGAGAUGUUAUCAAAAUGGUCAGACUUCUUCCGAGAGCUUGAUGCAGAUAUUAUUACAGGAUAUAAUAUAUGUAAUUUUGACUGGCCUUAUCUAAUCAACCGGGCCAAACAUCUCAAAGUUGAUUCUUUUGACUUUUUAGGUCGUAUUAAAAAUAUCCGAUCUGUUAUCAAAGACACAAUAUUACAGUCGAAACAAAUGGGCCGAAGAGAAAAUAAAAGUAUAAAUUUUGAGGGCAGGGUUCCUUUUGAUUUACUACUGGUUCUUGUAAGAGAUUAUAAAUUGAGAUCAUAUACUUUAAAUGCAGUCAGUUAUCAUUUUCUUCAAGAACAAAAAGAAGAUGUUCACCAUAGUAUUAUUUCAGACUUACAAAAUGAAAAUGAACAGACAAGAAGGCGUCUAGCUAUGUAUUGUUUAAAGGAUGCUUAUUUACCUCUUAAGCUAUUAAAUAAGCUUAUGUGUAUUAUAAAUUAUAUAGAAAUGGCCAGGGUCACUGGCGUUCCUUUAUUAUGUUUAUUAACUCGUGGUCAGCAAAUCAAAGUUGUAAGCCAGUUAUUGCGGAAAUCCAAAGGAGCAGGGUAUUUAAUGCCAGCUUACCAUGGUCAAGGUUCCGAAGAACAAUUUGAGGGGGCUACAGUUAUUGAACCAAAAAAGGGAUAUUAUGCGGAUCCAAUCUCAACAUUGGAUUUUGCAUCUCUAUACCCAAGUAUAAUGAUGGCCCAUAACUUGUGCUAUACUACAUUAGUGCCACCCAACAUUCAGAAAGAAAUUAAUCUGAGCUCUGAUGAUGUAACUGUUACACCUUCCAAUAAUAUGUUUGUUAAAGCACACAAACGGAAAGGAUUACUACCUGAAAUUUUGGAAUCCCUACUUGCUGCUCGAAAAAAAGCUAAGGCGGACUUAAAAGAAGAGAAAGGAUCCAUUAAAAAGAUCUGUGCUUGA